AUGCAACUCGGGCGAUAUCAGGUCUCUACGCUCCGGCCGCCACCCAUCCUUGCAGUGGACUUCUCGCUGGAUGGGAGGCUGUUUGCUGUCGCCCUCAAGACGGGAUACGAGGUGUGGAGAACAUAUCCGCUGGCGUUAAUUAGAAGGCGAACUCUCCCAGGUAGCCUAGGCCGAGCCUUGCCACUGCCCAAUUCACCCUUGUUGGCUUUGCAAGGAGGAGGCAAGUCGCCCUUGUUUGCGCCAAACAAAGUCAUACUGUAUCACGACGGCCUCGGCGUAGCCGUUGCGGAGCUCGAAUUUGGAGAGAAGGUCCGAGGGCUUACCUGCCGAGCAUCUACCCUCUGUAUAGCUCUGUCUCGUCGCGUCAUUGCCUUCCAGUAUGGCGUCUCCGCUCCGCCAGAUCCUAGCGGGAAAGGCAAAGGAAAGGCUAAGGAAAGCGACGGGGGCUUCUUUGUCACAAAGAUUGGCGAGUGGGAGACCGUGACCAACGAGCGAGGCCUCAUGGCAGUCGCAUCUACGCUCGACUCCACCCUCCUCGCCAUCCCGGGCCGUCAGACAGGACACGUCCAGCUCAUCCACCUCCCCGCGUGCCGACCGCCCAACUCGACCGCUCCUAGCCGCACUACCCGUUCUGCCUCGCAAGCCUUCCGAUCCCCCAUCAUCCUCGCACACGAACACGAGCUCUCUUCUCUCGCUUGCACUGCGACUGGCAGCCAUAUCAUCACGACCUCGGAGCGCGGCACGCUGCUUCGCGUCUGGAGCACAUCGCAGGGGCGACUGGAGAGGGAAUUACGAAGGGGAGUGGAUAGGGCAGAGAUGUGGGGCGCGCAAUUUGAGGAUGCGGUCAGCGGGAGAGUGGUGGGAUGGAGCGACAAGGGGACUGUACAUGUCUGGGGAAAUGCGGACGAUGAGUCUCGGCAAGAUGGAACAAAGUCCCCUCUGACGGACAGAUCAACACCGGUACCCUCUCUUACAAACAUCUUAUCCCGCAACCUCCCACUACCGAAAUACUUCUCCUCGUCCCCCUCUACUGCGCUUUACCGCCUCCCCCGCAAAAACCCCCACGCCUUCGCAUCGACCGUCAGCGCAGCGGCCGAGGCGGCUUACCUGCCGAGCAUGAAGAUGCGGGAAGCGGGCGAGGAGGAAGGAGAAUGGAAUGAGCGCUUUGUGGUCUGCUGGGUGGGGGUGGAGGUGGAUGUCGCGGAGAUUAAGCGGGAGGAGAAGGCACGUCCGGCGGGAACGAGUCGGACUGCCUCGAUGGAUAUGGGUAUAGGAAUGGGAACGAGGGAAGAACGCCGGUCUUUCGGAUCAGACGCCACCACCUCCCGAACGGCUACGCCUACUCUCGGACUCGGACGAGACCCGCCGAGCGGAAUUCCUACACUGCUUCGUAAGCAUCUGCUAUCGCGAGAUCCGAAAGUCCGGGCGAGCGGUCCCAUCCCCAAAGGAGCAGGGGAACCAAGGCGGACCAAGAUGGAGCGUCAGCUCAUCGCCAUCACGUUCGGAGGGGACUGGUACCGUCUCCGGAUACCUGACGAUACGGUCGAGGACGCGGAGGGAGAAAUUCAGAAGAAGACGGGGAGGAAGUGCGAGCUGGUCGAGUACAGGCGGCUGAAUGUGGGCGGCGGAGGGUGGUAG